AUGAAUUAAGUUUCUAAUAGCACUUAUCAGUAUUAUUAAUUUAGUGUUAAUUAUUAUUUCAAUUUAAUAUUUACAAAUAUUAUUUAAAAUAAAACAAUUUCUUCAAAUAAGAUGCAAAAAUAAGAUUAAAUUAUAUAAGAAACAAAUUAAAAAUCUACCCAUAAUUAUCCCUUUUUUUGCAUAUAAUUCAAAAAGGGAAAUGGUGAAGAAUUAUUUAAUUUUAAUUUACUCAAAGAGUCGAUAUCAAAUUAUCCAAAUUAAGACUAUUAAUCGGUCUUAAUUAAAAUUGAUAGUAUUGAAUUGCUUAGUCAAAACAAUUUGGCAGAAGAAAUAAAUAAAAAUAAGAGCUUGACGAAACUACAGCUUAAUUUUUUAGAUGAUUUUGAAGAAGUUGAAAUGACUGACCUUGGAAAUCAAUUAAACAAAUGUCAUAAUUUAAAGAAAUUAAGAAUUAAUAUUUAGAAAAAUACAUAUAAAAAUGCUUAUAAAUUAUUAAAAUGCUACAGUAUUACUCAAUUAAUGAUCAACUUUUAAAGUAGUGGAUAUUUUUAAAAGCUAAAAAUAAAUGAUCAUCAUUUGUAGAGCUUGAAUAAUACUUAUGUAGAGAUUUCUAAAUUUUAGAAUCUUGAAGAACUGAUGUUCUAUUAAUACGGAAUAGGUUUAAUUGAUACAUCAAUUGAUUAACUUGGUAGUAACUUAUAAUUGUCCAAAAAAUUAAAGAAAUUAGUACUUGGUUUAUCAUCAAAUUCACUAGGAUACUAAGGAGUUUCAAUGUUAGGAAAACACAUAUCUAAGCUGAUUUAAUUAGAAUAAUUAGAACUAAGGCUAGAAAAUAAUAAUAUUUCACAUGAUUCAAUUGGUGUAUUAGGAAAAAGCCUUUUUUAUCUAACAAAUUUGCAAAACCUUUCUUUACUACUUUAUUAAAAUGAAAUAGACGAAAAUGGAAUAAACUCUCUCAUGGAAUCUAUCUAAUUUUUAAAACUCAACCAUCUUAAUAUCAGUUUUUCGAAUAAUUAGAUUAAAGAUGACGGUUUAAAUAAAUUCAAUUCAUACAUUCCUAAUUUUAAGGAGUUAAAGUCAUUACAUAUACGCAUUAAUGAAACACAAAUAAGUGAAUUAAGUUUAUUGAAGCUAAUUUAGUAAAUAAAAAUUUGCAAUAAUAUAAAAGUUUUAGAGGUAUAUGCUGACAAUCAGUAUAAUGAUGGUUAAUUAAUUUUUUAAAUAUAAAAUCUGUUAUAGACCCUUACAUAGUUAAACAGUCUUGACUUUUUUAUGAAAGAUGAAUAUCUAAAAAGUAAUAAAUAUCUUUAAAAAUUAAUUUGUAAAAAACUAGUUAGACUUAUAAAUAUACCAAAAAUAGUAGCAUGA